UAUAAAAAUGAGUAAUACUCUGUUGAACGAAUGAAAACAAUGAAAAAUGAAAUUUGAGACUAAUGAGCAGCUUGCUAAUCAUGUCAAAAAGUUUUGUCAAAACAGUGACUACUCAAAUGUCAAUAAAAUUGAGGAUAAACUCUAAAAUCAUUGAAUAAAGGAAGACAUACCCAAUCAAUGGGAAAUAUCAACUUUGAUGAUGUCAAGAAGGGGCUUAAGAAUGGCCAAUUGAGGGGGAAUAAUUUAGAAGACCUCCGAGGUCAAUUUGAGGCAGAUAGACUUAGAUUUAAUGACAUUAAAAAGCAUGCUUUACGGAGUAAGGAAAAAGAGAAAAUAGAUGAACUACACCAACUUAAGAGGGAUAGAGAAAUGCUAUAUCAUAAAAAGAUCAAUGAUGAACAAGUCAUGGUUGAUCUUCUGAAUGAGCUCAAGAGCAGGAAAGAUAGAGAUAUCAGAGCAAGACUAGAACAGCAAGAUAUACAGAAAGCUCUUAAAGAAAUAGAGAGGGACAAAGCUUCGGCACUUGAAAGAGAUAAAAGAAGAGAACUUGAAAGAAUCGCUGCUGAAAGAGAGAAUCUUCGCUUAAGAGAAGAAUCAACCAUGGAUGAGAUCAGGAAUCUAGAAGAGAAAAUGUACGAAGAAGAGAAGAAGCUUCAAGAGCAAAAGAAUAGACUUCAAAACAAAGUUGAUAAGUCUGAAUAUAUUCAAAAUGUAAGGAAAUAAAGAAAUCGAUCUUGCAAAAAGCAGAGGAGAAGAACUUGCGAGACUCAAGCAUAAGAAAGAAUUACUUGAAGAUGACAGACAAAGAAUAAUGGAAGAUCUUGAGAAAGCCAAAAAUGGGGAUCCCUCUAUAUUAAGGAAAAAUGAAGCUUCAAGAUGGGUUGCUAAUGACAUUCUAUCUCAAGGAAAAUUAGACUUUAAAAAUCUUCAGCUUAAUGAAAGUAUGAAGAAUAAACUUGUUUCUGGCCAAGCAAAGAUUAAUAAACUCAAAGCUGAAAAGGCGAAGAUUGAAAAAGAAGCCUUUCCAAUGAUAGAUGAGCUUGAUGUUCUUGAAAAGCAAUAUGAGGAUAAAGCUUUCCAUCAAAAAGCCCAAUAUGUUGCCGAUGAUAUCGAAAUGCGAAACAUGAAGCCAGAGUUUAAAUCAGAGCAAAUGCAACUUAUGAGAAAGCAUUUAGAGAAGAAUGGUGGGCCAGAAAAUUAUAAUGCACCUGGAACUCGAGCAGAUAUCCAAAAUAAAGUACAACAAAUGAAGGAUGAAUAUUUGAAUAAUGAUGCUGUUGAUCCUGUUAUUGCUAAUAGAAUUGAAAAAUUACAGAAUUCUAUUGCAGUUGCUAAACCUCCUCAAGUAGCUCCUGCCGCAGGUCUCCCUCCUCUUGCUCCUUCGUUUAUUCCUGGAGGAGUUCCUCCACUUCCUUUACCUGGAGGAAUAGCUCCACCUGGGCCUUUGCCAGGAGGAAUAGUCCCACCAGGUCCAUUUCCUUUUGGAGGAGUGCCUCCUUUAGCAGGUGGUCCUUUCGCAGGAGGUCAUCCUCUCGGCCCAGAUGCAAAUCCAAAUAUGAAUUAUUUGAAAUCAGAAAUUGAUAAGCAAAUAGAAAACAAUAAGAGACUCGACGAAAAGUUAUCUUCCAGCAAAGGUGGAAAUGGAGGAUUUAAUAACAUCGCUGAAAGAGCAGAAGAUGAUAUUGAGAAAUUAAGGCAACAACUUCUUCCAAAUGGAUUUGGGGGAGCUACAGGAGGGGUUCUCCCUGAAGAUUUUGUGUUCAGGCAAAAUGAUUACAAGUCAGAAGAUCUUGAAGUUGAAGAAAGAGCCUUACUUGGCUUAUUCUAUGAAGAAUAUGAUCAGCUCAGAGUUCUCUCUAAACUAGGAGUAAAUUCUGAGCUUUACAGAUUUAAAAUGGAUCAGUACAAAGAAGAAAGUACUAUUAGAGGGGAAAUAGAAAAAGUUCUUCAAGAACAAAGACUUGACAAGAUUAGGAGAGAUUUUGAAAAGCAGAAAUAUGAAGACGAAAGAAAAUAUAAUCAUGAGAGAUGGCUAGAGGAUCAAAAGAGAGAAAUCUUAGCAGCUAAACUUAGAAAUAAUGCAACAAAUGCUGGAAAUCAGAGAGGAAUGGCUCGAGCUAAUUCUCAACCAGAUUUAGGCAGAUUUAAUCAGCCAAGAUCUCAGCAUGGAAUUACAGCUCAUCCUCAACCUCAGACAUCAAGAUAUGAAAAUCCAGCAACAAGAAACAGUCAUGCGAAUGGAUUUCUAAAUGGGAAUAUGACCGCUCAAAGCUUUUAAUAGUCAGGGACGUCCAGAUUAUGACAACAGAAUGCCUCUCAGUACCAGAAAUAGGGCACCAGAAUUUGUAAAUUUUGCACCUCCAAGAACAGCAAUGGAUGAUGGAAUCCCAGACACUGUUGUUAGAGAUAAUACUAAAGGACUUACUAAUAAAACUGUUGAUGGAUAUAAUCCAAAAGAUGGUGUAGGAGUGCACUUUGAUUUUGUAGCAUCACUUGAUAGGAAAUAUAGAGAUGUAAGAUUAGUCUAUGGUAUCUUCAAUUACACAAAAGUUGUCGUAUCAAACCGAGAAGUAGGAAUAAUGCAAAGCGAACCAGAUCCUACCGAUAUGUCAAGAAAUAGAAUCAAUUUCAACAAAAAGCAUAUCUUAAAAGGAGUAAAGCCACAUGCAGGAAAUAAUCUUAUUAUGGAAUUCCAGGUCAAAAGAAAAGAUACUCAACCUGAUGAGACUAGGUUUGCAUCUAUUGGGUGGACAUUAAUGAAUCUCUUUGACGCAAAUUAUGAAUUAAAUACAGGUCAAUUUCAAUGUCCUCUUUAUCAAACUCCUACCCAGCCAGAUCUAGAUAUCAGAGAUAUCCCAAAGCUUAAGAAAAUACCAAAAUCUAUGUUUUGCUUCAGAGUAGCUAUUCCUAAUGAUCCUUUGGCUAAAAUAAAGAUUCUUCCAGAUACUCAUCCUGGAAAUUAUGCAGUUCCUCGAAUUCACACUGAAAUUCUUGAUAAGCAAGCUCAUAUGAAUCGUAAAAGGGAGAUGCAAUUAACAAUGGAAAAUGCUCCUCUUCAGAAUCCUACAGAAGAAAAUAAAAGAGAUAGGGAAGCUUAUGAGUGCAGUGGAAUAAACAUCUUUGUUCAUUAUAUCAAAAAUUAUGAACCUAACUGCCUCUUAAGAAUAAAAUGCACUCUUUAUGAAGGACCCCAACUUCUUAGAGACAAUGAUGGCCAUGCAUGACAAUUUGCCACUCGAGUAGUUCAUCCAGAAGAAGCAAUUACAGCUAACCAAGAAAAUAUUGAGAAGCUGAACAAAUUUGGAGUAUAUAUUUAUAGCGAAAGAAAGUAUGGAAAGAAGGACAUCAUUGUUCCAGUGAGUGACGAUAAAUCAUUUCUCAGAGACUUCUACACAAUGCUAUGGGAUAACCAGUUCAGAAAUGACAUUUAUCUCGUAGUUGAUCUUAUGAUUAAAGAUAACCCAUAUAAAGGUGGUAAUUUUAGGAACCUUAAGGCAAAAGAACCUGAAAGUAUUAUACAUGAGUAUAGUCCAAUAGCUUCGGCUAUUAUCAAAUGAAAUAACUAUGACGGCACUAUGAGAUAUGGAUCAUAUGAAGUUCCUUUCUUCCAAUAUCCCAUAGAUAGAGCAAAUCCUAAAAAUAAUAAAGAACUCCCAUAUGUGAUUAAAGUGACAGUUGGUCAACCAGUUAACCAAGCAGAAAAUGUUCCUGGAGACCUAUUCCAUCCCCAGAAGAAUCCACAAUCCUUAUUCAGAAAGCCAGAUGAUUUCAAGGAUGAGACUGAUUUCCCUCAAAGAAAUCCAAAUGCAUAUAACCCAGAUCCAUUCAUUCCGAACCAAAAAUCUCAAAUCGAAAGCUCACUGUUUCAGCCAGAUGAUUCCUUAAUUCUAUAUGUUGAUGGGGCAAGAUUCUUACCAGAAAAUGUAUCUUUCUCCAGAGUCAUAAUAACUCUAUAUACUCAAAAAGGAAAUGAAGUAGGCAGACACAUUGUUGGAAACGCUAAUAUCCAAAAAUCAACAGGGCAGAACCCAUUUUAUGGGAUCAGAGAGGAAUUCAGUAUAAGCACUCAUCCAAAUAUGGAUCCCACAAUGGUUGCUGUCUUCAGAAUAGAAACUUUUGAUAGAGCAAAUAUGGAACAGAGAGUAGUUGGAUUUUCUUUCUUCCCAAUGUUUUUGGACAAAAACAUAAAAAGUCCAGUGAAGAAACCAAAAGAAAAGAAAUAUGUUCUUAAUAAUGGAAACUAUCAACUUCCUCUAUUCUCAGAGAAGCCAGAUCUAAAGCCUCCAAUUAAUGUUGAAGAUCUUUCUAAAAUAGAAAAACUGCCUUGUUCGACCUUGCUCAUUCGGAUAGACAAAGCUCCUAGAGGAGAAAAUGGAAAACCCUUGAAGCUCAAAGGAAUGAAAGAAGAGAAGAAAUAUGAACUAGGAGUAGUCACUAUAGCUCCAAAAUAUUCUCAAGGCCUUUAUAAUACAACUUACUGAACUGUUGGAAUCACAGAAGCAGAAAUUUUAAAAGAAAAAGCAAUGAGACCAGAUCCUCCAAUGGUCAAUGUGAUUAAAGCAACCAAGCAGAUCCUUGGAAUAAACGAUAGAACAAGUAUUCCAGAACUUAGAGUUGUGGUUGAAGAAAAAUUUGAUAGUUAUAAGACUCUUGAUUCUCUGAAGAUGCUUGACUACGAUUACUUCUCACAAUACAUUCCAAGAAUCGGACUCAGAUUUGGAAUUGAAAUGAUGUUCAAUACCGAGCCUAAACAAUUAUACCUUGCUGUUGUCAGCAUCAAUCCUCCAGCAAGCAUUUAUCAAAGAUAUCCCAGAUUUGAGAAGGCAAUUUUCUUCAGUGAUAUUGAUUUUGAUAGUCCAUGGUCAGCCCAGCGUUUUAAUGAACUCUUAUUCUCUAUGAAGAACAUGCCAUCUAAUCCUAAAACUACACUUAUUAUUGAUAUCAAGGCUGUGAGAUUUUUAAAUAAAGGCGUUGCACAAUUAGACAGUUAUGCCUGGACAUGAAUCCCUAUGUUCAAUCAAUUAGAGACUGAUGAUGAUGAGGAUACUGUCGAAUUAUAUGUAAACACUGGCAUUUAUACACUUCCACUUUUUGAAGGCCCAGUUAUUGCAGAUUUCAUUAACACAGUAGCAAAACAAUUUAACCCUUACGAUUAUAUACUCAGGCAGCUGGAAUCAGAAGUCCCUCCUAUCAGGAUAAAGGAUAAUAAUGGAGUCAUUAUAAAAAUGGUAGAUAAUCAACGAGACGGCCACUUAAAAGAAAAAGUCGGUCCUAACAUGUCAUCCUUAAAGUACAUCCCUGAAGACAAGAAAGAAGCUUAUGUCUACGAUUUCCAAGUGGAAAAUGAACUUAAAAGAGCUCCUAAAAUUUCAAAACUACUACCAAAAGGUAAAAAGGUAAAGAAAAUGAAAGAAGAACUUAUUGACAUCCUAAAGUCAGAGUACUCAGGAGUUAUGGAAGCAGGAUUUUAAUAAAUUAAAUAUACUCUCUUAUUCAAGCUCCC